AUGGGCAAGCCGGAUCCGAAUCUCCACGACUUCCUACACCCGCUGAGUAUCGAUCAUAGGAUCCUAUACGAACUCUCCCAUCGGUUCUCACACACCUAUCGCGAGCUGGCCGCGAGCUCGUCGGAGCAGUUCUUCCCGACCGCUAUCACGCGGCUGCCCACCGGCCAUGAAACCGGGCGCUAUCUCGCCGUUUAUCUCGGCCUAUCUUACCUGCGCGUGGCCUUUAUCGACCUCCUGGGAGACAAACCUCCUGGAAGACAGCCACAUGUGAGACGAACCCUCGAAAAGGCGUGGCCCAUCGAAGAGCGCCUGCGCCGGGAUCAGGCCCAGUCGCUUUUUGCCUGGAUCGGCGAUUGCAUCGCCGAAGUGAUUGCCGAUGAUCUUGCCAACGCCAAAGGCGACACCCCCGCCGAGCUGAUCAUGGGCAUAUCCUUUUGCUUUCCUACCAAACAGAAAUUCCUCAAUGAGGCCAUUCUUAUGCCGACCGGGAAAGGCUUUGCCCUGAGCUCUUCCCUAAACCUCCACCAGGCCUUGUUGGACGGAUACGAGUGUCAUACCCGGCGCACUGAUCAGGACUCCAAUCACAUGCCAGCCAAGCGACGUAAGACAUUUUGUCUACCCAAGUUGAAGAUCACUGUCAUGACCAAUGAUACUGUCGCGACACUGGCUUCUCUAGCGUAUUCGAUCCGGACACUCCCCAACACUCGGGUCGUCAUGGGGCUUAUCGUAGGCGCGGGUUGCAACUCCGCUAUUCCAAUGAAGCUGGCUGAUCUACAAGAAUCUAAGACUGGACACAUCCGAGAGAAACAGCCGGAAGCUGUAGAGACCAUUGUCUCGACCGAAUGGACGCUCCGUGGAGCAACCGCACCUCUGGAGGAACUCGGUAUCGUAACUAAAUGGGAUGCUGAACUGGAAGAACAUUCCAACCGGCCCGGCUUCCAGCCACUCGAGUACAUGGUUGGUGGCCGGUAUAUCGGUGAGCUCGUUCGGAUAAUAUGCCAUGACUGGUUCCAUGGGGAAAAGAAGAUACCGCGGUCUGCAUUGCCGGUGAAGCUGGUCGAGAGGUACUCGAUAUCUACAGAAUUUCUGUCCCUGGUAGUAGCCUCAAGCUCGUCGGACGAACGUCUAGCAGUUGCUCUGUCCCAUCACCUUCCGCCACCAUCCUUAAGCAACUGGAUUUGGACUCCCGAGUUUGCCGGCCACAUUCGUUCAAUAGCUGCUGCAGUCCAAGAGCGAUCUGCUGCUUUGGUUGCUGCGGCGACAGUUGGCCUUCUCGCAUGUACCCGUGAAAUCGAAUUCAAGAACACCACGCUCCUUAGAUUGGAAUCUCAGGGAAAUUCUAGCCAGGAACAGGCCACGACACAGGAACAUACAGUACAAAAUUUUGAAACACCAAUACCCGGAUGGCAGAAAGGACCCGAGGAAUUAGUGGUGGCGGUGUCUGGUGGUGUGAUCCAGCACUAUCCCCAUUACAAAGACAGGAUCCAGCGGCAAAUUGAUCGGUUGAUACUCAGCGCCGGGCCGCAAGGCGAAGGAAAGAGCGUCUUUCUGCGAGAGGCCAGUGAUGGUGGGAUCGUUGGCGUGGGUGUUCUAGCAGGCUCUGUUGCCGGGGAGAUCGAGGGGAUAGUUGGCUCGACGUUGGAAUCGGAUCGCAGCCAUACAAGCGUCAAGGACGACAUAAAAUCAACUCAGUUCCAUAAAGACAAUUAG